GGGCUCUUAGUCUCCCCCAAAAAUAUUCUUGAUUACUUUUGAAUAGCGCGCGUUAGCGAACGGACGAAAAUGUACAUAUAUGUACGUAUAUAAGAAUUCGCACAAAUAUGCGGCCGAGCGUACUUUACCCGUGACGUUUUUAUUCGUAAACCCUCCUCGCGUUCCUUUAAAAUAGCCGCGUUCUUGUUGGAGCUCUCGCAGUAUUUUCCAAGGCGGCCAAGUGCUAGAAACUCCGCUAGUAAUUGCGGUUGUGUAACCGUUAGUAACUGCCAUAUCAAAGAUAUUGACGUCGUUGGCACAUUCACGGAAAUAAUUAGCAAUUACACACCCUCCUUAAAAUAAACCAAAAAUCAAAACAGAGCACAAAAGAUGCCCGAUGUAAAGUUCCUGUCCGUGCUGCCAACUACCGCGAGUGCCUCGAACCGGGUGACAAAGGUGGCCAUAAGCGGCACCCUGCUCCAGGAUCCCCAACAAUUCUCGGUGAACUUUGUCAACAGCCCGGACUGCACGGACAACAUCACAUACCACUUUAAGGUGGUGAUUCCCACCAAGACGAUAAUCGAGAACUACAAGCGUAAUGGCGAGUGGAGCAGCCUGCACCAGGAGAAGGAACUGGACAUCUUUAACGGUACAGGAGAUAGUGCUAAGAAUACCACAUUGACCCAGAGCAUCACCCUUAUUAUGAACGAGAUUGACCAGGCCCUCCAACUUUCAUCCACAGAGACUUCGUUUAGCCUUGAGUUUGCCUUCAACUACGAAGAUUCCAUAAUGCUCGUCUACCAUGGCAAGGAGGCGGGCUUCAAUUUCAUUACCCAGUACGAAACCCUCUUCUCACUUUCCGACAUCCAAGCGGUGCAGGUGUGGGGCGAUGUGCAGAAGGUCAACCAGUUUGGUCUGACCUACGACUGAUAGGCAGCCCCCAAUCCCCAGAAAUCGUGCCGGCCUCUGGAUUAACCUUCUGAUUUUCCUACUUUCAGUGGGUCGAAUCUAACCAAAAAUAAUCACGUAAACAUUUGGGCUUGUUUGGGCCCCACAUCUGCUUUAUAGCCGAACAGAACUGACGGCUCCUGUGUGCAUUACCAAAUAAAAUGAAACAUUCAUAACAUAUUCUGCCAUAAA